AUGGAUAAAUACGUAAAGCGGCCACCUCGCAAAGCAUACGGUCGCCUUAGCGCCGAUUCGGAUGAUGCCAGUUCACAGCAAAAACACAAAAUCGAUGAUCCCUUCGAUGAUUAUGAUAACUUCAAAAUAAUAACGUCAGGCAGUGGUUGCAGCAACAGUAACGUCAAUGGCAAUAUCAAUGGGAAUGGCAGUAUUAUAUGUCCGCAUGGGCAUGGGAAUGAGAGGAAUGGGGGCAAUGGCGCAGGUGAAGGUGAAGCUGUGGUUGAUGGCAGCAUGAUUCCAUGCACACUGCCCGAUUGUCAGGGAAAUUUCGUAAAUGGUGGCGGUAUAUGUAAUUUGGAUGUUACGACGGGUCUAUGUGCGGGUGCGGGCGGUGUGAGCAAUGGUGCUUCAAAAUCAAAUUCAUCCGCAUUGCAAAGACAAAAGGAAGUGGAUGAGAAUACCAUAAACCGUCUGCAGGCAAUGGCGAUGUCAGAUGAUGAUGACUAUGAUGAAUCUCUGACAUGCAACGUUUGUGAUAGAGCUUUCCAUUGUCAUAGACAAUUGGCUUCUCAUCAGCAGAAAAAACGUCAUUUUGGCUGCAGCGCAUGCGAUAGCCUGUUUCCAUCACUCAUGAUACUCGAACACCAUAAAGAAGAAUUCGAACAUUGGAGUGAUGAUGAGAUCAGUCAACGGGUUUGCUGUCGACGAAAUCGUGGGGACGAUUACUUUACCGAUACGGAUUCCUUCACCAGCGAAGCUGAAAGUGAAGAUAUGGAGAGAUUAUUGUAAAAAUGAUGGGAUUAGCUAUAAUGAGUAGUAAAACUAUGUACAGGCUUGAGAGAAAAAAAACCGGGAAGCAAAAUUGUGUAAAUGCUAUAAGUAACGAAGUAAAUAACAGGCAAAUCUAAGAUGACUAAAAAGUAACGCAACAAUGUAGCGUAAAAAAAUAGAAAUAGAAAUA